AUGUCCGCGGCCGAACAAGACCCUCUCCUCUCACUUCGGCGCGCCAUCGCCUCCGGCACCCUCCCAAAGCCGACGACCUCAUCAGAGCUCACCGACGAAAAUGCGACAGAAGACCUAGCUCAGGCGACACAUCUCUACUUUGCACAGCCAAUCCCACAGGCAAUCCCACUGGGAACAACGACACGGUUCAUCUCCGAUGCCACGAAAGAGGCUGUCGAUCUGCGCAGUAUCUUCUUUGCGUGGCAGAAGAAGGAUGUCGCUAUUCCCGAGUAUAUUGCCUCAGCGCAGGAGCUGAAUGAAGCCCUCAAGGCAAAGGGUCAAGGAGAGCAGGUUCAGAACCUCGUUUUCCUUGAGCGUCUCGACCUCAUUACCUGGCUUGAAGGUGCCUCGGAUGGAAGUGACCACAUCAAGCCUCUCGAGGGUGCUGCUGCUGCAGCUGAGGCGGCCGCCGCGGCUGCCGGUGCUGCUCAGGCUGAUGCGUCCGCUGGAAUCGCCUCUGGUGCGACAGGUGGCAUUUCACAGGUGGCGAGUGGCCCUGUUGGUGCUGUACCAGGCGGUGCUCCGGGUCGAACGCAGAAGCAAAUCGACCCCCGACUGCAGGAGAUUUACAAUGGAGAGCGAAAGACCGGAGAUCGGAAUACGGUGCUGCGCGGCAUCAAGGCUACGGACUUCUCUCACGUCCGCAAGAGUGCCGAGGUGUUCCUCAGAGGCAACCGCCCCGGCCAAGCAGGCGCCAAACCAGGCAUCAAGAGCUCAUCAAUGGUUCCCGCCCCAUCCGCCGGUCUCUCAAUGCCAUCAUCUCGCAAGUCCAACUCACGCCCGGACCCAAUUAUCCUCCUCUCCCCCUCCGCCUCAUCCCUCAUCCGCAUGUCAAACAUCAAAUCCUUCCUCCAAGAUGGCGUCUUCGUCCCGCCCGACCACCCAACUCUCAGCACAUCCACUGAAGCCAAUUUCAUGGAACUCAAGCGCCCACUACGCAUCAAAGCCGACCCAUCCAACCCCAACGCUUCAGCAAUCGGCUCCGGCUCCGGCAGCCGUGGCCUCAAGCCAACCAAGUUCAUUCUCGUCGACGGAACAACCAACUUCAAGCCCGAGUACUGGUCCCGACUCGUUGCCGUCUUCACCACCGGCCAGACAUGGCAGUUCAAGUCAUAUAAAUGGUCUUCUCCGCCUGAGCUAUUCAAGCAUGCAACCGGUAUCUACGUUGGCUGGCGCGGCGAGGAAGUUCCAUCGCAGGUCAAGGGAUGGGGUCGUGGCGUGGAGAGUUUCGCCGUUGAGCGCUGGGAUGAGAAGGGUGGAAUCCACGGCGGAGGAAGGUGGAGGGAUCGGGAGAUUGUGGAGGGUAUUUGGACUGCGAUCGAGGAAGGCAUGAGGCUGAGGGGUUGGGGAUCUAAGUAG